CUUUUGUCAAUGUGUUCAGAAGGCGGCAAACGUGCACUUACACCUGCGAAGAAGAGGUACUUACCUACCUACAGCAAGGAACCUGAGUAGUCUACCCGAAUUCUGGGACCCCUCCAAGCAUUCUGCCAGUAAGUUGGCAACAACCAUGCGACAGAGGCGAUAAAACACCACAGACACAUAGGCGCCGCUGUCUCUUUCCUGACCUCGAGGAACUUCAAGAAGUAGCUUAGCUUCCUGCGCUUCUCGAAACUUACCAUCCCUACUACCCAAAACACGACUUUCUUGUCCUCUCACACACAUCGACUGAAAGCAACCACGAUUUCGGAGGACAGCCUUGCGCCGGCCGUUGCAAAUCCUCCUUCGCAAUGAUGCGCAUGUCCCGGUUGCCAAUGGGCUUCGCCCUGACUCUGUGGACAGCCGUUAAUGUCAUUGCCGUUCCGUCGGUGACGGUGGACAUGAAGGCUGCCUUCCCGUCUGGGCCUUACCUCCUCGAGUUGCUCGAGACUGCCGCGGGCGAAAAUGCAACCGCAUACUUCCCCCUUCUCGAUCGCAUCGCUGGCGGAUACUUCAAUGAAGCUAAGACCGACAAGGAAGUCUACGACAGAUUCCUCCACAUUCUCAAUGAUGAUGGCCACAUUACUGCUCCUGAGGCGCUCUCCACUUUCAAGCUGGCUCUGUCCUUGAGGACCGCUGCACCCCGGAUCGAAGCUCACUACCAAUACUACCGAACUGCUGUUGAGCCCAAGCUCGGAUCCGAUGCUCCGGAUGGCUGCGAAGUCUGGGCGGAGCUGGGAGGAAAGCAAUACUGCACCCCGGCGUUAGACACCCCGAAGGCGUCGUCUUUGGACGGGGCAAAGGUCCUGCCCUUUGAUCGGGUCUUGGGAUCGGGCAGUGAGACUAUAUUAUACGCCGACCCAACUUCGUCUGCUUUUGGCCCUUUCCACAGCAUCUUGGUACAGAAGGCUCGCAGCGGUGAGAUCGAAUACCGUCUUCGCUACACGAAGCGCGCCGGCAGCUACGAAGAAGCUCUGCCUGUCAGCGGAUAUGGAGUUGAGCUGGCCUUAAAGCGAACUGAUUAUAUUGUCAUAGAUGACCGAGAGGCACAUCACGACGAAUCGCAAAAAGUCGUCAAUGCCGAAGAGGUUCUCGAUGCCGCUGGUGAAGUGGCUGACCUGAAGCCUUUGGCAAAGUCCGAACUCCAGGAGCUUGGUCUCAAGGCCGCAUCUUUUGUUAUGCAGAGCCAGAACCCCUUUGAAGCUCUGCUUCGACUGACGCAGGACUUCCCCAAGUUCUCGACGUCAAUUGCUGCUCACAACGUCUCUUCCGAUUUCCUUGCCGAACACCAACUGAACCGACAGCAACUUGUUCCCAGCGGCAUGAACGUUCUGUGGAUGAAUGGAGUGCAGCUUAUUGAGCGGCAGAUCGAGGCCUUUACAAUCAUUGACCUGCUUCGACGCGAACGCAAGCUUAUCGACGGCGUGCGUGAUCUUGGUUUCACUGCAGGCCAGGCAGUAUCUCUUCUUGGCCAUCCCAAGGUCGCUGAGUCGAAGGCCGACGAGGAGCCUCCACGCUUUGACUGGACAGACGAUUUAGAGGAGGAAAAGGUUAUCAUGUUUCUCAACGACCUUGAAAAAGAUGAGCGGUACAAGGAUUUCCCUGACCAGUUGAUGUCGCUUCUCCAGCGUGUCUACCCCGGUCAGCUACCUCCCAUUAAGCGGGAUAUCUUCAACCUCAUCGUCCCUGUCGACUUCUCCAAAAUCGAGGAUCUCAAUGUGGUGGCUCAGCUCAACUCUUUCAUCCAGCGAAAAUUGCCGAUCCGGUUCGGUCUCGUCCCUUUGACGCCGACUGAGGAUGCUGUUGGAAUCAGCAAGGUUCUUUACUACCUCCUCGACAACUACGGCUUGGAGGCGUUCAUCGAUUAUCUGGAUGCUGCCAUGCAGGACUCCAAGACCGAGAAACCGGACCAGAGCGUCUUCGAGAAGGCAACUAGGGAUCGCGAAGCACUUCCGGACUCCAAGCUGCUCCCCUUUGACGAUGUGCUGCGGUCUGAGGAGCUCGACAACGUGGUGGAGCUUGCUCAAAAAUGGGCAAAGAGAUUGAACGCAAACACCCCUAUCCCGCCCGUCUUUAUCAACGGCAUUCCAGUCCCACGUGAGAAUAAUUGGCUGCAGGCCAUGAGUAUGAAAGCUACGAAUGACUUGCAGUCAAUCCAGCGAGCUGUCUAUCUUGGCAUGAUUGAUGAGGAAGGAUGGGUUCCCGACUUCUUUCUUGAAAAGGCCGUCAAGCGCCGCAAUACCUACAUUUACCCGGAAGAUGACAAGUCUCUCAAGAUUUUGGACGUCAACAAGAUUUACACCGAGCAUGACAGCCUCUUUGGAAAGGUCCCAGUCAUUGAGGCGUUUUCUGAAUCUACCAAGGAGAACUGGGCGGUCUUGACUGUCGUGGGUGACUUUACAUCUGAUGAGGGAGCCAAUCUUCUUGUCUCAGCUUUGGCGUUCCGCCGAAACAACCCUGGCGUUCGCUUGGAUGUUGUCUACAAUCCCUUGACACCAGCUUCGGCUUCCGCUGUAAAUGCGGCACUGAAGAAUGGCGGCGAUAAGUUUACAGAGGCCGAGUCUCUUUCCGAAAUAAGGAGCAUACUUGACAAUGCUGCCGGUGAGCCGGACGGAAUCUUCACAGCAGCCCUCAACGAGUUCCUGUCUUUCGCUGCCAUCAAACCCGGUUCCAACGUUCUCAUCCUUAACGGACGGGUGGUUGGACCCUUCACCGAGGCUGAGUCCUUUCAAGCCGACGACUUCCAGUACCUCCUGGAGUUCGAACAGAAGGCCCGCAUUCUCCCCGUUUAUGCAGCGGUGGAUGAGCUUGGUCUGACUGAAAAAAUCUCUGGACCUCUGGCCGCUGCCAAGGUUACGUCGGUGACUGCAAUCUCGACUAUCUCUGAUCUGCCUGCCGGCAUCUUUGAGUCUGCGCCGUCUCUUCGCGUCAGCGCCCAUGAUACCUGGAGCUCAAGUUAUACAGCUAUCGAAAUCGGAAACCCGGAGACCUCAAGCAUUCACAUAGUAGGUGUUCUGAACCCUGCCAGUGAGCAGGCCCAGCGAUGGGCACCCAUUUUGAAGGUUGUCUCCGAACUGGACGGCGUGUAUUUGAAGCUUUUCCUCAACCCAAAGGAUAAGAUUGACGAGUUGCCCGUUAAGAGAUUCUUCCGAUAUGUUCUGGAGUCUGAGCCGAGCUUCGAUGAGACCGGUAAGGUGCGGGCACUCGAAGCAUCUUUCAAAGGCCUCCCCUCCGAGGCUCUUCUCAAUGCCGGUAUGGAUGUACCUCCGUCAUGGUUGGUAGCGCCCAAAGUCUCGCUGCACGACCCGGACAAUAUCAAGUUGAGCUCCAUCAAGUCGAAUGUCCACGCAUCGUAUGAGCUUGAAAGCAUCCUCAUAGAAGGACACUCCCGCGAGGGCGGGCAGUCACAGCCCCCCCGCGGUGCACAGCUUGUCUUGGGCACCGAGAAGGAGCCUCACUUCGCGGAUACCAUCAUCAUGGCCAACCUCGGGUACUUCCAGUUCAAGGCCAACCCGGGUUUCUACAACAUCCAGCUCAAGCAGGGAAGAAGCUCUGAUAUCUACACGAUCGAUAGUAUUGGCGCGAGGGGGUGGACUCCCGUACCAGGCGAUGAAGGUACGGAGGUGGUUCUGAUGGACUUCCAGGGUACGACGCUUUAUCCUCGUUUGUCGCGCAAGCCGGGCCAGGAAGAAGCCGACGUUCUGGCCGAGCCUGAAGACAAGAGCAUCGUUGGUCGCGGUCUCAAGUUCGCUGAAGGCAUUCUGGGCAAGAAAAAAUCUGCAUCUGACGAGGAGCACGCUGAGAUCAACAUCUUCUCCGUCGCCAGCGGCCACCUCUACGAGCGUAUGUUAAACAUCAUGAUGGUCAGCGUUAUGAAGAACACCAAGCACACGGUCAAGUUCUGGUUCAUUGAGCAGUUCCUCUCUCCAUCGUUCAAGGACUUUAUCCCUCACAUGGCCAAAGAACAUGGUUUCAAGUACGAGAUGGUCACCUUCAAGUGGCCUCAUUGGCUUCGUCAGCAAAAGGAGAAACAGCGCGAGAUCUGGGGUUACAAGAUCCUUUUCCUCGACGUGCUCUUUCCGCUAUCCUUGGACAAGGUCAUCUUUGUCGAUGCCGACCAGAUCGUCCGCACCGACAUGAUUAGUCUCGUCAACCACGACCUCGAAGGCAAGCCCUAUGGCUUCACACCUAUGUGCGACUCCCGCACCGAGAUGGAGGGCUUCCGCUUCUGGAAGCAGGGCUACUGGGCUAACUACCUCCGUGGCAACCCCUACCACAUCUCGGCGCUGUACGUCGUUGAUCUCCGGCGCUUCCGUGAACUCGCUGCUGGCGACCGCCUCCGCCAGACCUACCACUCCCUCAGUGCCGACCCCAACAGUCUGGCCAACCUCGACCAGGACCUGCCCAAUCACAUGCAGUUCCAGAUCCCCAUCCAUAGCCUGCCGCAGGAGUGGCUGUGGUGCGAGACGUGGUGUUCCGACGAGAGCCAGAAAGACGCAAAGACUAUCGAUCUCUGCAACAACCCGCAAACCAAGGAGCCCAAGCUCGACCGCGCCCGUCGUCAGGUGCCAGAGUGGAACGUGUACGACAACGAGAUCGCGGCCCUCGACCGCAAGCGCAAGGGCCUGCCAGUCGAGGCGACCAAGAAGGGGGAGAACAAGGUCGGCGGCGGGGACGAGGGCGAGCAGCAGGAGCCCGACGGCGCUGAGGAGGAGAAGAACACUAAGAGCCGCAACUGGGAGGAGCCACCUGCGGAGAAGACACAUGUGAUAGACGAGCUUUAGAAGUCUAGAC